AAGGUCGUUUGAAAAGUGGCAGGUUAUAUGAUUUGGGUGAAAGACAGGUCGGAGCCCUGCCGUACCCCUCUUUAGCGACUCGUGCCCCCCAAUUGGGGCCAUCAGCUCGCGGUCGUGCCCCCUUGGCGCGAAUUGCGCCCCAAAUCGGGUGUUUGUGGCGAUGUUGUGUCACGUGACGUCAUCGGUUGUCAUUUGUUCGCAAAAUGUGUAAUGGCCGUCGAUGAAAAUGUGGAACAGUUCGCGUGAAAAAUCCCCUUUUUCGCCCUAAAACUGGUAAAAUCGUGCGUUUUGCUUGGGUACAAAUGUGACGGAUAGUUUGAUGGUGCAUCCGUGAACGCGUCCCCAUUUCGUGCGGAAUGGCCCCCUCGCCUGAGAACGACUCCGCCCCGAAGGCCCCCGACAAGCCGCGCGGGCCCAAGGAGAAGAACAAGGACGAUAAGACGUUGUCCGAUUUGAACGACGGCGAGCUGAAGGGGCUGCUGGACGAGGCCCUCAACUACAAGAACCCCAAAGACAGGGAGGGCAAGAGCAAGCUGUUCAAUCACCUGUUGAACGAGGCCGAGGAGGACGAGCGAAAUGCACGGGCGGCUCGAGCAGGGGGCUCCGAACUGGUCAGGUAUUGCAACCCGUCAGCGAAGCGAAAUUCAAGGCAUCGGAAGAAGCCGAGCUCGAUUUCGGAGAAUAUGAUGCACGGGGGCAGUCUCGAUAACUUGGCCAAGGAGGAGCUCUUCGAGACCUCCAAGCACAGGACUAGGAAGAGUGUGAGUGCGAGGCAACGUGAAGGGGGGAGUCUCCCCUGUAACGUAAACUCGAGCACGAUCAGUCAGGAGUACCAAUUCCUGGAAGAGGCCCGGAAAAAGAAGCAAAUGUCCGAGAAAAAGCCUGAAGUUGUGGAGGAGCAAAGGCUGCUCGAGCACGACACUCUUGACCAAAACUACCAAGAGAAAGGCAACGAAUUGCAACAACAACAGUAUAAAUUCACAACAAGGGCUUCGCUUCAAGUCAAUGUUUCAGAAUAUGAAGACAUUGAUCGAAAUCGGACCGUGGAAAAGCAAGGGCUGCAACCGAGAGUACCAGUUUUCCAUGUAUUCAUGUCUAGGGGUGGCCCUUAUAACGAAGUGGAUGGUCCAAUCCAAAUCCCACAUUUGGAGCAAUCAGUCGAUCGUAAAAACUGCGUACCGAAUAAAUCAAUCGCACAAAUUGUUGGCUCCGACUGUCCCGGAACAAUCCGUAUCUCAAACGAUUUAUCCAAGAAGGUGGACGAGAACGGCAACGCCUUACACCAAACCUCGCUGAAAGCCAAGAAAAAGAAAGUCCUAACCGACAAAAACGUCGUCGUUUGCAACGCCGAAAACGUGAAAGGCCACCGCAGCGACAUUAUCAACGACAUGGAAAAACUGAUGGAAUUUAUCGGAAUAACCGACGACCAAAGCGAGAAAAACCGCUCGAUCCACAAAUCGAAACUGAACCGACACUCGAGCGACGACACCACCAAGUCGAAAAAACGGGCACAUUCGUCCAAAUCGAAGGACAAUCGCUCGAAAUUGAAAAAAAGCAAUUCACUGGGCGAGAUUUCCACCACGAAUUUGGACGACUUCGAGGUCGUGUUGCGCAACAACAAGGCGAUGGACAAGCCGCGCGAGCGCCGCUCCUGGGGCAACAUGGAGCCGCUGCCGCUCCAGAACUACACGUCGGCCGAGAACCUGGAAAGUUCCGAAUUUCGCGUCGUCACCAAGAAAAAAAAGAGCAAAAAGCGCCACAAUUCGAUCGGCGGCGGGCGCACGAAAGCCUCCUCGAACCCGAAUUCGAAGAGUAGCGUCCGUGGGCCGUCGUCACCACGCCGCAAGUCGGCGUGUUCGGUGCCGCAUAGUGAAAAGUCAAAUGAUUCGUCGGACGUUGAUUCGGUGCAUUCGUUACCUAUCGAUACUCAAAGACUCGAUUUGGCGACUUCGCGGCUUAAUAUGCCGAUUUCGUACGCAGAUAUGGCGAAAACCAGCGAUAAACAAGCGAAGAAAGCGAAUGAUAAGGUUAUUGUUGUGCCAAAAGAGACAGUUGCGGACGGUAGAUGUGCGUUUGUUGCAAUGACCACAGCCGCCGCUAUUGUGUGUGAUUCUAGUGUUAGAAAUACGCCGCCUGAUUUUCAUAAUAGUAAGAAUUUUCCGGCGAUUACUAAACAAGUGUAUGUUGUCGCAAGCGAUAAAAACAAGUGUAGCAAUAAGGUGAGAAAUGUGAAUGUUAAAAACGUUAAGAAUUGUAACGUUAAUCGAAUGGGCGGCGAACCACCGAAUGAGUUUAAGCCGCCCCCCAAUCAUCAGGACGAUUCCGACCCAAUGGGUUAUAGCAGUUCCUUACCGCCGGACAUCCCCGACGUUCAAACAAUCGAAAAAAUGCAACUAAUGAAUCAAGGUUACGACAGCCCCCUUAACAACGGCAAUGACUGUAGUGUAGACUGUGAUAAUCCAUGUGAAAGAACUAUGAUUGAUAACCACAACCACCACCACCACCACCAACAUAAUCAUCGUCCUCCAGUGGUUAUUUUAAGUGGUUUAGGCAACAGUAAAGAAGUGCCAGGAUUGGUGUUCGGUUUCGAUAUAAACGAACAACUCCUAUCCGAAGACAACAAUAAAGAUUUCUGCUGCGAUGAUUUCAUUGCACGCUAUGUGGCACCGGAAACAUACACGGCAACGUCGCACAAUCACGACAAAAUCGUCAGUUUUAUAGGCGCAGCCUGGGAGGAAGCACUAGUGAAUUUAUCGAACGGUAAAGUGCAGUACUAUAAUGACUUACUGUAAGUACUAACUAGUCAAAUUGUGUAUAGUGCAAUUGUGGGAACAAUGCUCGAAGAGGGUGACUAUUUAUUUUGAUUUUUAAUUUAUCAAGGGGUCGAUAAGAUAUAAAUAAUGUAAAAUUUGUAACAUAGCUGUAUUAUGUACCAAAAUUGUAGGCUUUUUUGAUUUUUGAAGACGCUGUGCAUAGUUUAGACAAAAGACACGUCGUAUCGCUGUAGCGUUUGUAUAGAUUAUGGAAGAAAAAUCAUAAAAAAAUGUUUGAUGUACAUUAGACAUAUUACAUAUAUCGGGCGUGUUGCGGCAUUUAAGUGACACUGAAACGUGCAAUGCGCCCCCAUCUUAAUAGAUAUCACGUUAAAGUUGGUCUUUAACAUUGUUUAUUUAUUUUUCUGAUCAAGUCGCCACACGGUUUUACUCUUUGAAAAUGACACGAUUUCAAACAGUUAAAACCCGAUUAAUGUGUAAAAAAUAGUUGUAUUAAGAAAAAGUGCGCUAAGUCAUUUAUGAUUUCGUUUUUGAAUAACUAGAGUCUAGCUAGUGAAGCGCUAGAUUUUAUACCGAUGAUAUAAUAAUCGAAUCGACGGCUCUAGAUACUGUAGACCGGCUCGAUUGUAUUUUUGUUGUGGUGAGGAAAAAUUGUUAAAUUCAUUUCAAGAUUGUACUUACAGUUGUCUCUCUUUUGGGUAACUUUAAGUUUGUAUUUGAUUAAAAUUUAUUGUUACACUUUUAAAUAUGUUUACCGUGAACAGAAUUUAACUAUGUUCAUUGCUUUGAUAAAAAUAUACGAUUAUUUAUUCA